AGACGAAAAGGAAAAACGGAACGCAGAGAGGUUUCCAGAUUUUUCUCUCGCGAGCCGAAACUCUCUCUCGCUCGCUCGCUCGCUUUCGGCGGACAUGGCUGCUCUGCAAUACUUGGAUUCGCAGCGGAACGCGCAUCCGGAGCUGGCGGAGUGGUACAAUGCGCUCGAGGAUCUGUACCAGAAGAAGCUCUGGCACCAGCUCACUCUCAAGCUCGAGCAGUUCGUCUCUCACGCCGCUUCUCAGGCUGGAGAUAUGUUGAUUCAGUUAUAUCAUAAUUUCAUCACGGACUUCGAGACUAAAAUCAAUCUCCUUAAGCUUGCCCAUUUCGCUACUAUAGUCUCUCGGCAGUAUAAAGAGAAAGAAGCUGCCAUCAGUUUUCUUGAAGGCAUCAUAGAGAAACUUCAGUCUACGAGGGAACAGCGUAUAGGGGAGCCCAUCCUCUACAUUAAGUUGCAGAUAGCCAUGUUCAAGCUGGAUAAUGACCAAAAAGAAUGCAAAAAGCUUCUUGAAGAGGGGAAGAGUACCCUCGACAGCAUGACUGACAUUGAUCCAUCUGUCUAUGCCAGCUAUUACUGGGUUUCAUCACAAUACCAUAAAUUGCGCAAAGAAUAUGCGGAGUUCUACAGAAGUGCUCUUUUAUAUUUGGCAUACACAUCAGUAGAUUCACUCUCAGAUUCAUUUAAGCAGGAUUUGGCAUUUGAUUUGUCCCUUUCUGCCUUGCUGGGAGACAACAUCUACAACUUUGGGGAACUGCUAGCUCAUCCUAUUAUAAAGAGCCUUGUGGGGACAAAGGUUGAGUGGCUAUACUAUAUUCUCCAGGCAUUUAACACCGGUGAUUUAGUUCGUUAUAGGGAACUGUGCCAUGUCCACAGUGCUGCUCUGAAUGCCCAACCAGGGUUGGUUGAGAAUGAGAAGAAGCUGUUGGAAAAGAUCAACAUUCUGUGCCUUAUGGAAAUCAUCUUCAGUCGACCAUCUGAGGAUCGAACCAUUCCAUUGUGCGUUAUUGCAGAGCACACAAGACUUUCUACACAGGAUGUUGAGCAUCUUCUCAUGAAGAGUUUGUCUGUUCAUCUUAUUGAGGGCGUAAUCGAUCAAGUUGAGGGGACAGUAUACGUUUCAUGGGUGCAGCCAAGAGUUUUGGGGAUUCCGCAGGUCAAAUCGCUGCAUGACCGUCUGGACAAUUGGCUGGACAAAGUACACACAGCCUUGUUAUCUGUUGAAGCAGAAACUCCAGAUCUUGUCGCUGCAUGAUUCUUACCAAGUUCCUGUUCUUCGUUUUGUAACGAUCUUCCGAUUUGAACUGAAAGAAGAGAGAAAAACGAGCCACUUCUAGCAAGGCUCGGGAUCAGGCAGUUAUGCAAUCUCAGUUUACUUCCUUGGUGCUUCAUUGUUUUAUGCCCAAAUCUUCUCCGGAAUCAGCAAUUCCUCAUACUUCCUCGCCUUGAGGAUUACGAAUGUCUUAAAUCUGUGGUGACUCGGCUUUGCCCUUCGGGUAUGGUUAUUGGAACAUGUACUGAUUUCUUUCGCCUCGGUUGUGUCCUUUUUGAUCCACCAUCACGUGGAUCAACAAAUGCUGUGGGAGAAUUUUUGUAGCUUUGUGACUUCCAGAAUGAAUAUAUUUUUAGAUGAA